AUGCAAGGAAAAAAUAAAGAUUUGGUCAUAAUUCGCCUAAAAAAAGAAGAGCAAUAUGAAUUUGAUGAAUUUUAUCGAGAAGUUUAUUUGGAAAUCAGUGAAAAAUACGGUACAAUCGAAGAGAUGAACGUGUGCGACAAUGUUGGCGAACAUAUGCUUGGUAAUGUAUAUAUUAAGUUUCGCAGCGAAUUAAGUGCACAGCGAGCUGUCGAUGCUCUUAACAAUCGUUGGUUUGACGGUCGACCUAUUCACUGCGAGUUAUCGCCAGUUACUGAUUUCCGUGAUGCUUGUUGCCGUCAAAAUGGAAGUGGUGAGUGCAACAGAGGUGGUUUUUGUAAUUUUUUACAUCUAAAACGGUUAAGCAAUGGAAUGCGAAGGAAAAUUUUACGAGAUAUUAAAUCGCAAAGGAGAAAACUGUUAGUAACCAAGAAGAUACAACCAAAAAACAAGAGAGACGAUUUCCUACCAAAGAAAUACCAAUAUUCUGACAGCGAAGAAUCUUCGUGGUCCGACAGGGAAGAAGAAAAAACAUAUGACGUCGAUCGUUCAACAACACCAUUGGCAUUUCGUGCUGACCGUUAUCCAUCAGAUUUUAGUGAUAGCGACAGUGAACCGGAUCCAGAGAUUGAAGCCCAUAAACAAAUGCUAAGACGUCUCAGAUGGGAAGAAAUACGUGUCAAAUUUUUGGCUCGUCAAAAGUGGGACGAAGAUCGAGAAAGAAAUUUUGUUUUUAGUUUGCUUUAA